AAUAACUCAACAAUUCUUUUUAUAGGAACUCAGUGGCGAAAGGACCAAGAACAAGAUUUGAAAAAUGUCCUGAAGAACAUUGACCAAGACAUUCCAUUGGUAUUUGUCAGCGGAAAUCAUGAUAUCGGCAAUGUUCCAACACCUGAAACAAUAGAUGAUUAUUGCAAGCACUGGGGAGAUGAUUACUUCAGUUUUUGGGUUGGAGGAGUUUUCUUUCUUGUGCUUAACUCUCAGUUAUACUUUGAUUCCUCUAAAUGUUCUGAGUUAAAGCAGGCCCAAGAUGAGUGGCUCAAUGCACAACUGGCUGUAGCUGAAAAACAGAAGUGUAAACAUGUAAUAGUAUUUCAGCAUAUUCCUCUAUUUCUACAAAACCCGGAUGAAGACCAUGACUAUUUUAACUUGGAGAAGUCAGUUCGGCACGAGCUGAUGGAAAAGUUUCAUAAAGCAGGCAUUAAAGCUGUAUUUUCUGGACACUACCAUAGGAAUGCUGGAGGGUUCUACAAGGAUCUAGAGAUGGUGGUUUCAUCAGCAAUUGGAUGUCAACUGGGAGAAGAUACCCAUGGGCUUAGAGUGGUCAUUGUCACAGCUGAGAAGAUUGUUCACAGAUACUGCAGUUUAAAUGAUCUGAGUAGCCAAGGAAUAGAGAAAGAGCUGAUGGAUUUGAUUAAGCAAAAUUAGCCAUUUUCUAACUGACAAGUCUCCAGUUUUUUUAAUUCACAUGUUUUAUUUCACAGAUAGGAACACCAACUCAGCAAAAACAAAAAAGCCUACCACGGGCUGAAGAUGAUUCCCAGUUGUGUAUUAUGUACUAAAAUAGUUGUCUUAACUCAUUACCAUCCUAAAUAACAAAGCAGAAAGGUAUGCAGAGAUAUUUAUACCUUUGAAGGGAAAUGAAACCAAUUAUAAUAUGAAAAAUAAUAGAAGUAAUGCUAUUGCUAUUGAUUUUGUAAUGGGAAAGAGCUAUUCUGGGGAUUAGCUGCUCUAUUCCUGGAUCAGACUUUUAUAGUUAAGUAAGCAUAUCCAUGAGUAGAAGCACUGGCUUCUGGAUGACAAACUCAACUCUAGUCCACCCUUCUGUUCUAGCUUGGCCAGCAAGAUGCAUCUCAAAACCAUUAUACUUAAUGUUCUCUAUUAAGUUCUUGAUAAUCCUCCAGAAAGUGACAAAGUAAAUGUGGCAUGUUCGUAUUCAGUAUGGGCUAAUCCAAAGCCCUUUGAAGUCAGAGAGAAGACUUUCAUUGACUUCAGUGAGUUUUGGAUCUCACCCUAUUUCUGCUUCCUUCCAGUUGAUGUCAUCUCCCAUCCCUAGCCUUUACUUCUGUAAUAUCUUCAGAACCACUCCAGCAAUCAGAGCAAGCUGGAUUCUUCUCUGCCUAGCAAACCACCAUUGUGGGUGCUGUAAGAGAGACAAGACUCACAAUUUGGGUCUGCAGGAGUGGAGGUUAGAAAAGCCUGUAAACUAAGAAAAUAUAAUAGGAAAGCCAUAAAGAGAAACUAAAUAUAGAAGAAUCAUUUUACCAUUGCUUUUGGCAUUUAAUCGCAAUUAAAUUGGCUAUUGAGAGUUCCCUGUAAGAGCAUAUCCUCUUUAGAAAACAGCCGACUCCUAGACAAAUGGAGAUUUAUGAAUGUCCAUAAAAAACACUUACAAUAUUGUAGA